GGGAGAUACUUAAUAAUCUAUUUCCCAAAUGCUAGUUCCUCAACAUUGAGAUAUUGUACACGGAAUUAAUACUGCAUUGAACCGGAACAACAAGAGAAGAAAUCAUGGCACCUGCAUUGGUCGAAUCACUUCCCGUGAGGGAACCCGCUGAGAAGAAAAAAAUCAAUGAGGGCUUCAAUAAAGAGUUCUUCAUCGGGGGCAGCAAUGCAUAUGACGAUAGCACUGAGACCAAGGGUACCGCGACUCAGCCUCCAGCCACAUAUCCCAACUACCUCCCUGUUUGGGACAAUGAGAAAGGUGUCAAGUAUCCUCCCUGGACACCCUUCGAACACUAUGAGCAUGGCAAAGAUGCCGAUCCCUCGUUCCAGGACCUCCUCCCAGAAAAUAAAGCUCAGGUCACCGAGGUCACGCCUUACAUUGGUUCUGAAGUUCACGGCGUGCAACUGAGCGAACUUACAGAUGCAGGGAAGGACCAGUUGGCUCUAUUCGUUGCCCAACGCAAAAUUGUUGCCUUCCGUGACCAAGAUUUUGCAAAGCUCCCAAUAGACAAGGCACUGGAGUUUGGCGGCUAUUUCGGUCGCCACCACAUCCACCCUACUUCGGGCGCGCCCAAGGGAUUCCCAGAAAUUCAUCUCGUCCACCGCGGGGCUGAUGACAAGUCCGGCUUGGACUUUUUGGAGCAACACACUAAUUCCAUUACAUGGCACUCAGAUGUCACUUACGAAGCUCAGCCUCCGGGCACCACUUUUCUCUACCUACUUGAUGGGCCGACCAGUGGUGGUGACACCCUUUUCGUGAAUAUGGCUAAAGCUUACGAACGCCUUUCGCCUGAGUUCCAAAAGCGUCUGCAUGGCCUCAAGGCUGUUCACUCUGGUUUUGAGCAAGCCCAAAGCGCCUUGGCGAGGGACAGUACUGUAAGAAGAGACCCUGUGCAGCAUGAGCACCCGAUCGUGCGUACACAUCCUGUGACCGGCGAGAAAGCGCUCUAUGUGAACCCACAAUUCACCCGAUACAUCGUUGGAUACAAGAAGGAAGAGUCAGACUUCUUACUGAAAUUCUUGUUUGACCACAUCGCUCUAUCGCAAGACUUGCAGACCCGUGUGAAAUGGGCCCCGGGAACUGUUGUUGUUUGGGAUAACCGUGUAACCGCCCAUUCGGCGCUGUAUGACUGGAACGACGGCCAGCGACGUCAUCUUGCCCGUAUUACGCCUCAAGCAGAGCGUCCAUACGAAACACCUUUUGCAGCCUGAUGGAUUAGAAGACGGUGUUUUAAGCUAGAGAAUCACAGUUGGUAAAGCGAUUGGUUGGGAAAUUGGUAUCAGGUAUCGCACGACUGACUAGACAAGUAAAUAAACGGGAAUAAGACA